UUCUACGUCACUCCGAGGAAUCUUUAAAGUGGUCGUCGCCUCUAUGAAAUGUCUCAGUGCUACUCGACAACCAGCAACAUGAACGGUAUGAAGACACAGACGAUGGCGAAUAAUAACGACAACGAGCCGCUGCCGCUCGGCUGGGAGGUAAAAAUCGACCCUCACACCGGGUGGCCUUUUUUUGUGGAUCACAACAACCGCACGACGACCUGGAAUGACCCCAGACACGACACGAAAAAGGUCAGAGAGGUGUCAGCAAACGGACCCAACAUACCACCAGAACCAAGUCCACAGGAGUUGCAGAAGACUUUCGUGAGAGAGAUGAAGCAACCCACUCUUCGUCCAGGUUAUGUCCCAAUCCCAGUGUUCCAUGAGGGUGCAGAACUCCGACACCAACACCACCCAAGUUAUUCCUACAUCCAGCCGUCUGCUCCACAGAAUACUCGAACAGAAGGGCACAUGCCUUCCCCAACGCAAGGUCUCCACUGCAGGCCAAGAUCACCUUUACAUGGACUGUCAGACAGCUGCUCCCCUGAGCCUGGAAAGUCUGCCUCGCCAGUGUCACACCCAGCAGAGGUUUACACGGCCCCUCUUCACCAAUCCCCACGACCCAGCAGCACAGGUCUUCAACCAGGUUACAUCUCCAUCCCCGUGAUCCAUGAGGGUGGAGGAGGCCAGGCACAACCCCACCCUCAGCCAAAUCCUUCGAUUUACUCUCAGCGUGUCCCAUACUCAGAGCAUCAGCAGCCUUUCCAUCGCUUUCAGACGGAAGAAUGGCCUGUUUAUUCUGGCAUAAUGCAGCCUCCCCGGGAAAGGGCUUCCCCGAUACUGCUUCCUCAGCAUCGUGAUGUUGCUGCUGGUCACUUCCCACCUCAUGCUCGAAGCCAGUCACCUGUUAUAACACAUAUGAUGGCAGAAAGAUCACAGCCCCAUCAUCAUGUCCCCACAAGGGAGGCACCUUUGAAACUGGAGCAGGAACAACAAUGCACUCAGCAGAAACCAGAGAGCCCUCGCCCGCUACCCACAGAAACUGACAGCCAAAGGUUCCAGCCUCCGCCACCUCAGUCCCCUCAACAGUUCCAGCCUCCGCCACCUCAGUCCCCUCAACAGUUCCAGCCUCCGCCACCUCAGUCCCCUCAACAGUUCCAGCCUCCGCCACCUCAGUCCCCUCAACAGUUCCAGCCUCCGCCACCUCAGUCCCCUCAGCAGUUCCAGCCGCCUCCACCUCAGACAACCCCACAGCUUCUGCACCCACAACAGUUAAAACAGUCACAGCAACAGUUCCCUCGGCCCCAGGAACCAGAACAGCCACCACUACCCCAACAUACUGCAGAUAUCACCGUCCAAAUACCAUUGAAACCAGAGAUCCAGGACACGGCUGCUGGUCCACCAGAGGCCCCACCUGUAACGGUAGAAGCCGAAAAAGCUGCUCAGUGCCCGAUCCACCCAGGCUUGGCUAAGGUCCAAGAGAUAGACACACGGGUCGCUAAACUGGAACAGGAGGUGAAAUGUUUUGAUGGAAAGAGAAAUGAUAAGAAGUACUUAUUACUGGAGGAACUGCUAACCAAAGAGCUUUUAGCACUGGACUCUGUUGACCCUCAAGGUCGUGCCGAUGUGCGCCAAGCAAGACGUGAUGGAGUCCGUCGAGUUCAGACCAUACUGGAACAACUGGAGCAACUGGAGGAGCAGACAAGUGGGCCUGCUGGUGAUACGUCUGUGUCGAAAGGAGAACCUGACAUGAUCAGCAAGGCGAACAUAGAGGCGGCAAAGGAGAUCUCAUAACUGCACUGCUCACAAUUAAGGGGAGAGAAGAGGCUGUAUAUUUGAUAGUGAAGGAGUCUGCUGUGGCCAAUGCUCUUCCUCUUCUCUACAGCAUUUGUGGAACUUGCAUGUAUUGAUUAACGUGUUGGUAUUUCCUGCAAUUCAGCACAUAAUUGACGAUAUCUCAGUGCAGUCACAGUUUUCAGGCCAAUGUUGUUGCCUUCCAUGUUCUGCAAAUGUCUUCAUAAAAAGACAGCUGCUUGA